AUGGGCAGAAAUCGUGCAAAAAUGACAAUGUCUCUCCUUCACAUCCAAAUCCUGCAUAGUGAGAUAAACGUCUCGCAAACUGAUAUUUGCCUGUCUCAAAUGAUUGUUAAAGAUACAGUCACAGAAAUCUCCGCUUCUGAUAAGGCUGAAGAGUUUCGCAGCCAGCAGGAGGAUUUCGUAGAACUCAGUUUUGCUACAAUUUCCAGUACAGGACCUAACGGUGCCAUCAUCCACUACAAACCUGUUCCUGAAACAAACAGGACGUUGUCGGUUAAUGAGAUCUUCCUCCUGGACUCUGGUGCGCAAUACAAGGACGGUACUACUGAUGUGACCAGAACUGUGCAUUUUGGAACGCCGACUGACUAUCAAAAGGAAUGCUUCACGUAUGUUUUAAAAGGACACAUCUCUGUGAGCGCUGCCGUCUUCCCCAACGGAACCAAAGGGCACCUCCUUGACUCCUUUGCUCGCUCAGCAUUGUGGGAGUCUGGUCUGGAUUACUUACAUGGGACUGGACAUGGGGUCGGAUCCUUCCUGAAUGUUCAUGAGGGGCCGUGCGGCAUCAGCUACAAAACGUUUGCAGAUGAACCGUUGGAAGCUGGAAUGAUUCUUUCUGAUGAGCCGGGGUACUACGAAGAUGGUUCCUUUGGCAUCAGAAUUGAGAACCUGGUUCUGGUGGUUGCUGCUAAAACAAAGUAUGACUUCAGAAACAGAGGAAGCCUGACAUUUGAGCCCAUUACACUGGUACCCAUACAGACAAAAAUGAUCAGUGCGGAUUUACUGACACAGAAAGAGAUUGACUGGGUUAACGCGUAUCACAAGAAAUGCAGAGAUGUCGUUGGAGCUGAGCUGGAAAAACAAGGGCGUCAUGAGGCCCUCCAGUGGUUGAUUAAGGAAACACAGCCCAUUUCCAAAUUACAGUAGCACUUAUGUAGCCGAUUUGUUGUAUCACAUUGCAGCCUAUUGUACCUGAAGAUGUUAAUGCCAAAGUACUUGCUAUGGGUUAUACAAUAGAACAUUUUCUUUUUUAAAGAAAAAUAAAACUAUUUAAUUGACUCCUCUUCCAGUCAAUCAACACAGCGACAAAACAAAAACAAGGCAACAUAAGGAUUAAUCCCACAAGGUAAAACAACAUUGAUAUUGUUGUUGGUGUUUUGUUUUUCCCAUGCAGAGCAAGUUAGUGCGUUUUUAAAAUUCUAAUAAUCAAAAUAUAUUGUUCCCCCUAAACAACAUCUCAACUGAGCAGUUAUUUAACACAACAAGAGUCUCAGACCUUCAUGUACACCAAGAAACAUACAUUGAAUCCAAAUGAUCUGACGGUCUUUGUUGAGAUGGAGAGGAGCAGUGAUAAGUAUCCAGAUUGAAAGCACAGUAGUAGGGGGGUGCUUUGUGGCCCCUAGGGCAUAGGUUGGACAAGCCUUUUAUGAAAGAUUUGUUUUAUCCCUGUGGUGUUUUACUGUGAGAAGCUUUAUUUUAGUUCCUUGCUACAUACAGCAGCCACCAUCUUGUGUAUUUAUGUUUUCCUGACGGCACUUAUAGCUCCGCCCCUAACUCAUGUAAGCUGGACCAACUACGUGGCAACCUCAGUCAGCUCAUUUAGUAUAAAGGGUUCAUAGAAUAUUAAAACAAUUUAUAGGAAUUACUUUUUGGGUGUUAUGCAUAGUUAAAAAAAGAAAGAAAUUGUAAUGUACUCUAUUUAUUUUACCAGCUUUUUCUGUAAUUGUCUUUUCCCAUUGAUCCAAGAAUACUGACCCUGCAACAAGGUUACAAAUGUUGUUCAGGAGCACUUAUCUCUAUCUCUAAUUGACUACAGCAAGGGAGGUAAGGUAAAAAAAACCUAAAAGGGACAUUACAUUCGUUAUUAAUUUUAAGCUUAGUGACCCUGUACCUCCUGUGUUUUGAGCCAAUCAGCAGUGCUAGUUGCACAUUACGGUUGGGCUGAUAGGCUCAGUGUCAGUGAUCAGGAUCAGCAGUGGGAGUUAAACACAUAGAGGCGUAUGGUCGCUAGUCUUAAAAUUACAUUGAGCAUGUGAUUUUUGGAGUGUUAUGGCCCUUUAAGAGGCUUUCAAGGGAUAGAUCACUGGUUUGCUAACAAAAUGAGCAUUUACUUUAUAUGUAGAGCUUUUGUACUCCGGAUAUAUAAAAUGUGUUGUGACACAAUGAAGAUACUUGAACCUGACCGUGUAGAUCAGAUGAGCAAAUUCUUAUUUCAGAGACAGCUUUUCAGGGUAGAACAAAUACAAUUCAGUUGUGACAUAGCUGCUGCUAAAUCCUAAUAAACUAUUGGAUGUAAUAACUAUAUUUAUAUUAAUAGAAACCUCCCUUGUUGUCCUGUAUAUUAAUGUAUCUCUGUGUACACCAGGACACCAGAUGUUUGUGUCACUACUGUAUCAUGGCAGCUAGUUGGGAUUUCUUUCCAGUAAGAAGUAAAAUACUUGAACUCGCUCACCUUUACAUUAUAGUUAUAGAUCUAAUGACGGUGCUCAAUUUCAUAUCUAUUAACUUGUUAAUAAGUAGGUUACACACAGGUGCUGUCUUUAGCAUUUGGCACCUUUGGGAUGUAGGACUUAGUAAAUAAGACAUCAGACUGUUAUAAAGUGGGUUCUACAGUGUGGGGGGGGGGUUCUGAGGAAGUCUCGAGAGUUAAUUUAAACACAUAGAAUUUGUAUUAAUCUUAUUCCUAAAUGUUAUUUAGAUCAGCUGUGUCUUAACAUUAAGACAACAUAAAUGUCCCACUAAAUCUAUUGAAAACUGAUUGUUGUUGUUUCUGAGCCAACAUAAAUCUUGCUAAAGUUUUUAAUGGAUCUGUUGACAGAUUCGUUAUAAGCUUAAUGAGCUAUAGGACCUUUCUUUAUGCAAAGGUGCUAAUGUAUAACUUAAUAAGGGCAUUGUACCCAUUAAUGUGAAAAUGUCUAUAUGGAAGAUAAGUGUUUGAAAACUGUGAGUCUGUGCCUGAAUAAAGUUAUUUAAAUUGAAACUAAUAUACCAGUAUCUGCACCUAUUGCUAAUACUGAUUGGUUUAAAAGUGCUUCUUAGCAUUCCUAGGAAGUUAUUAACCAAUAAGCAUUAGAAGUACAUAUUGACCAAUAGGAGAAAUAAUCUGUUAGCCAAUAAUUAUUUGUACUGCUGGUACAGCUUUUAUCUCAAAUUUUUCAUGCUAAACAAUCGACGUUUAAGUGCUUUCAUGUGACAUCAUUUUUGGGCUACAGUGUCUAUUUAAGGUACAUUGUUCAGACUAUGUUAAAGGGACAGUUUACUCAAAAUAUUUCUCCCCUUUAAUUUGUUCCCAAUGAUCCACUUAACCUGCUGGAGUUUAUUAUAUUGUUUACAGGUAGCUCCUUUACCCUUAUAUUGGCAUUUUAAAUAGUUGAUUUAGCAUGUGGUAUCCCCACCUAUUCUGAAAGUUUGUGGCCGCAGGUCCAAGCUAUAGAUAAGCUUUGUAAACACAGCUAGCAGAAGAAAUUACACUCCCAGUAGGAUAUAGCAGAGAUAAGGUAAUAAAAUGUUGAUUUUCCAUUGUUCUCUCCAAGUACUGGUGAUUGGUUUAUGGACAGAUAUAAGAUAAAGAAGCAGGUUUAUGAACACAAUGUGAUACAGUAAUGAGAUCUGAUUAUACCUACAAGCUCAACCCAUUUUAUUAGGUUGUGGCUUCAAAACACAAAAUAAGAGCUUAAAUAUACACAAAUAAACCUUAAAAAGCAAAUUUUCAUACAUUUUUACCCUGCAGUUGGCAAAAAAAGCAAUUGUAAACACAUUAAAGGAAAAAACAAUUUUACAGUAUACUGUCCCUUUAAGAUCCUUCCAGCUAUGACAUCCUAUCAAUUCAGAUUUGGUCAUAUAGCAUUCUGCCAGCAAAGACCUCACACUGUUGGGGAUAGUGGUAAUUUAUCUUUACAUCAAUUGUUUUGUAAUUAAAUGCAAAUAAAAAUAAAAUGUACUGUUGUGUGA